GAUCUUUAGUCUGAGAGCAGGAGCUCGCCUGGUCACACUCGCUUGGCUUGUGCUUCUGACUCUCAGGAGAGACACCCUUUGGCUUCUGACUCGGAGAGGAAGAGGCACUUGGUGGCUGACUUGACUGUCUUUGACUUGGGACUCACAGUGAAAGGCCUCCCCCGUGUCCACCAAGGGUCCAUCCUCUGUGCUUGGAUUUCUGCAGCCUCCAGGGCCAGAUCCCCAUAGCCCUCCAGGUCGUAGACACCAGGAGACGUGGAACGAUGGCCUCCAUGGGGCUACAGGUAAUGGGCAUAGCUCUGGCCGUGCUGGGCUGGCUGGGCGCCAUACUUAGCUGCGCGCUGCCCAUGUGGCGCGUGACGGCCUUCAUCGGCAGCAACAUUGUCACAUCGCAGACCAUCUGGGAGGGCCUGUGGAUGAACUGCGUGGUGCAGAGCACCGGCCAGAUGCAGUGCAAGGUGUACGACUCGCUGCUGGCGCUGCCGCAGGACCUGCAGGCGGCCCGUGCCCUCAUCGUCAUCAGCAUCAUUGUGGCCGUGCUGGGCGUGCUGAUGUCUGUGGUGGGUGGCAAGUGCACCAACUGUGUGGAGGAUGAGAGUGCCAAGGCCAAGACCAUGAUCGUGGCGGGAGUUGUAUUCCUGCUGGCCGGCCUGUUGAUGAUGGUGCCUGUGUCCUGGACGGCCCACAACAUCAUCCGCGACUUCUACAACCCCCUGGUGGCCUCGGGCCAGAAGCGGGAGAUGGGUGCCUCACUCUACAUCGGCUGGGCAGCCUCGGGCCUGCUGAUGCUCGGUGGGGCUCUGCUCUGCUGCAAUUGCCCACCCCGUACCAACAAGCCCUACUCGGCCAAGUAUUCUGCUGCCCGCUCCGCCCCCACCAGCAACUACGUGUAAGGUACCACCGUUCAGCUCACCAUUGGCUUUGUUUCUCCCUGGACCGAGCUCAGCACAGCCUGUGACCCCCAGGAUGGCCCUGCCACAGAUGCAGGCUGCUGCGGGAAAGGGGGGCUGGGCAAGCAGGGACUGAGCCAGGUUGUUGGCCGGCAGCUCUCAGCUCCUUCUGGCCCUCAUGGACACCUUCCCAAGGCCUGCUCUACACCAGCAAGGAUGGACAGAAAGCAACUCCCGUCCCACCCUCCUCUGACAGGCCGAGGCUACAGGAGAGGGGGGUGGAAGCAACAGGGUGUGGCGGCUGAGCUAGCGCCUGCUGGCCAAGACAGUGCAGCCCUGACUUGGCUUGGGCUCUGCCUCUGAGUGGGUGCCCUGCCCAUGCCCAUGUUGGUCCCUGUUCUCUCUUUGAUUGUCCCCACGAACGCUGUCUGCAUCCUCUGGGUGGGUCAGCAAGCACCCAGGCUCGGCCUUGCCCAUGGAAACCUGUGGCCUAUGAGUAUGGCCAGGACCUCGCUCACCCACCCUCCCAUGGAGCACAGUGUUGACAGAGAGUUGAUGGACAGGUUUGGGGGGAGGGGUUAAGGUGCUACAAACUGGUUUGGGUAGUGGUGGGGGAGGGGGACAAAGAGACAGCCCAGGCUGCCUACACCCUUUCCACCCCACCCUGCAGCUUCACAGCUGGGUCUCAGCAGCCUCAGUGGACAGACCCCGGGCCCCCUGACACUGGCCAUCUGUGUAUCUGCAGCCCCUGCUGAGGUCAUUGGCCAGCCUGGGGAGGAAUGGGGAAUGGUCUUUUUCUGGCCCACAUCCCAGGAAGUCCUGGGGCUUUUCCCUGCUUCCUCUGGUUUGUUUGUAAUUUAGUAAGAUCUAUUCAUCAUGGUAAUUAGUAUUAUUUUCUACAAUAAAUGGAACCUGUGCACAGGA